CUGCUUCUUUUGUGAAAAGGGAGUUGAGAAGCUACUGAUAGCCUUGGUUUACUUUGCUCAUAUUCUGUGGAAUGUAUAGAGGGAACGUACCAUAGAAAGGUUAUUUUUUGUGUAAGAAACAUGGCUGUAGAAUCGCGGGUUACUCAGGAAGAAAUAAAGAAGGAACCUGAAAAGCCAGUUGACAGAGAAAAGACCUGCCCACUUCUUUUGAGAGUGUUCACAACCAACACUGGAAGACACCAUAGAAUGGAAGAAUUUUCUAGAGGAAAUGUCCCUUCCAGUGAGUUACAGAUUUAUACUUGGAUGGAUGCAACACUAAAAGAACUCACAAGUUUAGUAAAAGAAGUUUAUCCUGAAGCCCGAAAGAAAGGAACACACUUCAGUUUUGCAAUUGUUUAUCCAGACCCGAAAAGACCUUGUUACAGAGUGAAAGAAAUAGGCAGUACUGUAUCUGGAAGAAAGGGUGCAGAUGAUUCUAUGACAUUACAAUCACAAAGGUUCCAGAUAGGAGACUAUUUGGAUAUUGCGAUAACACCUCCAAACAGAGCACCAAUGCCUCCACAGGCAGGACGCAUGAGACCAUAUUGAAUACCCAACGUACAUCUACCUGUCAUGACUUGCAGCAUAUUAUUUCAUUAACUGAUUAUUCAUACCACAGUUUCUCUUCAUACUCUCCCCAGGAAAUUGACGUCUGUGCAUCACCUGUAAACCUUACUGAGCAAUUUUAUUUUCUUUAGCUUUGAAAGUUAUACACACACCUUUCAUUGUUGUUAUGCCAUUUCCUUCAGUUUUAUUUGUGCUUCAGUUUCUGUCAUUGACUACAGUAUUUGUUAAGACUUAAAAUAUUUGUAUAUUGCAGGUGAACAUGGCAGUCAUCUGGAUUAAAUCUGUGGCACACUUGUUAUUCUCUGAAGUUUAAGGUCUGCAAAUAUUAACACAGAGUACAGGAUAGGGUAUUACGAGAGAAAAGGAAUUUAUAAUAUUGACUGGAAUGUCAAGAUAUUUUUGUCACAGUGUGAUAUAAUAUUUUAAUUAUUUUUUUGACCACUGUUUUGAAAAGUGACUUUCCUUUUGAGGGGAAGAGAAGCAUUCUUUUUCAUACUGUAUAAAUGCACAUUUUGUUCACAUGCAAAAGUGGCAGUGUAGUUUUGUAGUAUUUUACAUAAAAUAAAUGUGUACUGUUUUCAGUAA